AUGGAGCCGGAGGAUCUGGCGGGAUGCGGGGAACCGCCGGAGCCCGGUGGGGACCCCAACUCCGCUACGAACCCGGCACCCUGCUCUAGGGGCUUCGUCCCGCAGAAGGAGAUUGUCUACAACAAACUGCUUCCCUACGCCGAGCGGCUGGACGACGAGUCCGACUUGCUGCUGGCCCAGAUCAAAGGCAACCUGGGUCGGGCCGUGCAGCUGCAGGAGCUGUGGCCGGGGGGCCUCUUCUGGACUAGGAAACUCUCCACAUAUAUUCGGCUUUAUGGAAGAAAAUUUAGCAAAGAAGAUCAUGUACUUUUUAUCAAGUUAUUAUAUGAGCUGGUAUCAAUUCCGAAACUGGAGAUCAGCAUGAUGCAGGGAUUUGCCCGUCUCUUGAUAAAUCUUUUAAAGAAAAAAGAACUUCUUUCAAGAGAUGACUUGGAGUUACCUUGGAGACCACUUUAUGACAUGGUAGAACGAAUAUUAUACUCCAAAACAGAACACUUGGGAUUGAAUUGGUUUCCUAAUUCUGUAGAAAAUGUUCUAAAAACCCUCGUGAAAAACUGCCGACCGUACUUUCCUGAGGAUGCUACUGCAGAGAUGUUGGAAGAAUGGCGGCCUUUAAUGUGUCCUUUUGAUGUUACAAUGCAGAAGGCUAUCACUUAUUUUGAAAUAUUUCUUCCUACCUCUCUUCCUCCAGAACUUCAUCAUAAAGGUUUUAAGCUUUGGUUUGAUGAGUUAAUUGGCCUUUGGGUUUCAGUGCAGAAUCUCCCACAGUGGGAGGGGCAACUAGUAAAUCUCUUUGCUCGUCUGGCCACAGAUAAUAUAGGGUACAUAGACUGGGAUCCAUAUGUACCAAAGAUAUUUACAAGGAUUCUCAGAAGUUUGAAUCUCCCAGUGGGAAGCAAUCAAGUUUUAGUUCCCAGAUUCUUAACAAAUGCUUAUGAUAUAGGGCAUGCUGUAGUAUGGAUCACCGCCAUGAUGGGUGGACCAAGUAAGUUAGUACAGAAGCACCUGACUGGUCUAUUUAACAGCAUUGCGUCUUUUUACCAUCCUUCAAAUAAUGGUCGCUGGCUGAACAAGUUAAUGAAAUUACUCCAGAGAUUGCCAAACAGUGUUGUUAGACGAUUACAUCGUGAACGAUACAAGAAGGCUUCCUGGCUAACUCCUGUGCCUGAUAGCCAUAAGCUUACGGAUCAAGAUGUUACAGACUUUGUACAGUGCAUUAUUCAGCCUGUUCUUUUGGCUAUGUUCAGCAAAACGGGUAGCCUAGAGGCAGCUCAAGCUCUACAGAAUCUUGCACUCAUGCGACCAGAGUUAGUAAUUCCACCUGUACUUGAAAGAACGUAUCCUGCCCUAGAGACAUUAACAGAACCUCACCAACUCACCGCCACUUUAAGUUGUGUGAUUGGAGUAGCCCGUAGUCUAGUGUCAGGGGGCAAAUGGUUUCCUGAAGGUCCAACACACAUGCUACCUCUGUUGAUGAGAGCAUUGCCUGGCGUGGAUCCAAAUGACUUUAGUAAAUGCAUGAUCACAUUCCAGUUUAUAGCAACAUUUUCCACUCUGGUGCCUUUAGUAGAUUGUUCAUCUGUACUUCAAGAAAGAAAUGAUCUCACAGAAGUGGAAAAGGAGCUGUGCUCUGCUACAGCUGAAUUUGAAGAUUUUGUCUUACAGUUUAUGGACAGGUGUUUUGGACUCAUAGAAAGUAGCACAUUGGAACAAACAAGAGAGGAGACAGAAACAGAGAAGAUGACCCACUUGGAAAGUUUGGUGGAAUUAGGCCUCUCUUCUACUUUCAGUACAAUACUUACACAAUGUUCUAAUGAGAUAUUUAAGGUUGCUCUGCAGAAGGUUUUUAAUUUUGCUGUUUCAAACAUAUUUGAAACUAGAGUAGCUGGCCGCAUGGUGGCAGACAUGUGCCGAGCUGCUGUAAAGUGCUGCCCAGAGGAAUCUUUGAAGAUUUUUGUUCCCCAUUGCUGCAGUGUCAUAACUCAACUUACAAUGAAUGAUGAUGUCUUGAAUGAAGAAGAGCUAGAUAAGGAAUUACUGUGGAAUCUCCAACUUUUGUCUGAGAUUACUCGAGUUGAUGGAAAGAAGUUGUUGCCUUACAAAGAACAGCUGGUAAAGAUUCUCCAGCGAACCUUACAUUUAACCUGUAAACAGGGAUACACUUUGUCUUGUAAUCUAUUACAUCACCUUCUACGAUCUACUACACUUAUCUACCCUACAGAAUACUGCAGUGUUCCAGGUGGCUUUAACAAGCCUCCUUCUGAAUACUUUCCUAUUAAGGACUGGGGAAAACCAGGUGAUUUGUGGAAUCUAGGUAUCCAGUGGCAUGUACCUUCAUAUGAAGAAAUAACCUUUGCCUAUUAUUUAUUGGAUUCCUUUCUUCAACCUGAGCUUAUCAAGCUCCAACUCUAUGCAAAUGGAGAACUAGAAAUGUCCAGAGAUGAUGUACAACAGCGUUUGACUAUAGUUCACAACUGUUUGAUUGGUUCAGGGAACCUUCUACCCCCUCUGAAAGGAGAACAGAUUACUCAUUUGGUGCCAAGUAUGGUGUCUUUGGAAGAGACAAAACUGUACACUGGCCUUGACUAUGAUCUUUCUAGAGAGAACCAUCGAGAAGCAAUUGCUAGGGUCAUAAGGAAGCUCCUCCAUCACAUACUUGAUAACUCUGAAGAUGAUACCAAAUCAUUGUUUCUUAUCAUAAAGAUCAUAGGGGACCUGUUGCAAUUUCAAGGCUCUCACAAGCAUGAAUUUGACUCUCGGUGGAAGAGUUUUAACCUAGUGAAGAAAUCAAUGGAGAAUCGGCUCCAAGGGAAAAAACAGCAUAUCAGAGCAUUGCUAAUUGAUAGAGUAAUGUUGCAGCAUGAGCUGAGAACACUAACUGUUGAAGGCUGUGAAUACAAAAAAAUACACCAAGACAUGAUUAGAGACCUUCUUCGUUUGUCUACUAGUUCUUAUGGCCAGGUCAGGAAUAAAGCUCAGCAAACAUUUUUCACAGCUCUGGGAACAUAUACAUUUUGCUGCAGAGAUAUUAUUCCCUUGGUUUUAGAAUUUUUGCGGCCAGACAGACAAGAUGUAACUCAACAGCAAUUCAAAGGUGCCUUGUAUUGUCUGCUUGGAAACCACAGUGGAGUAUGCCUAGCAAAUCUUCAUGACUGGGAUUGUAUUGUACAGACGUGGCCAGCAAUUGUUUCUUCAGGGCUAAGCAAAGCAAUGUCUCUAGAAAAGCCAUCAAUAGUCAGGCUAUUUGAUGAUCUUGCAGAAAAGAUUCAUAGGCAAUAUGAAACAAUUGGACUGGAUUUUACAGUUCCACAGACAUGUGUUGCAAUAGGUGUCUUAAUCCAACAGUCAAAAUACCCCUCUGCAAAUCAGCCAUUGCUUAGUCCAGAGGAGAUUCAGUUAGGAAUUGAGCGACAGCAAGAAAAGAAUGCUGAGGCCUUACAGAACUAUGAAAACUUGGUGCAUACUUUGUUAGACUGUGUGGAUCAACGAAAUCUCCCCUGGAAGUUUGAACAUAUAGGCAUUGGUUUUCUUUCCCUGCUGUUGAGAGAUGACCGAGUUCUGCCUCUUCGUGCCAUAAAAUUCUUUGUACAGAAUCUCAACCAUGAUGCAAUUGUGGUUCGCAAGAUGGCUAUCUCAGCAGUUGCUGGCAUUCUCAAGCAGCUGAAGAGAACACACAAAAAGCUUUCCAUCUGCCCAUAUGAAAUCAGUACUACUCCUAAACCCUCCUGCAUUGUUGCUGGUGACAGACCUGAUAACCAAUGGAUGCAUUAUGAUAGUAAAAAUAUACCAAAAACUAAAACAGAAUGGGAAUCAAGUUGUUUUGUGGAAAAAACACACUGGGGAUACUACACCUGGCCUCAGAAUAUGGUUGUUUAUGCACCUGCAGAAGAGCAACCCAAGCUUGGCAGAAGUCGGGAAGACAUGACUGAGGCAGAACAGAUUAUUUUUGACCAUUUUUCCAAUCCUAAAUUUGUUGAGCAGUUAAUCAAUUUUCUAUCUUUAGAAGACAGAAAAGGAAAAGACAAAUUUAAUCCUCGUCGGUUUUGCCUCUUCAAGGGUGUGUUCAGGAACUUUGAUGAUGCCUUUUUGCCAAUUUUGAAGCCUCAUUUAGAACGUCUAGUUUCAGACUCGCAUGAAAGCACCCAGCGGUGUGUGGCAGAAAUUAUAGCUGGCUUGAUCAGAGGUUCUAAGCAUUGGACCUUUGAAAAGGUGGAAAGACUUUGGGAGCUUCUGUGUCCCCUGCUUAGAACAGCAUUAUGUAACAUUACAGUGGAAACAUAUAAUGAUUGGGGAACUUGUAUAGCAACUUCUUGUGAAAGCAGAGAUCCUCGGAAACUUCAUUGGCUGUUUGAAUUGUUAUUGGAGUCUCCAUUGAGUGGUGAAGGAGGAUCUUUUGUAGAUGCAUGUCGACUUUAUGUACUGCAAGGUGGGCUUGCCCAGCAAGAAUGGAGGGUACCUGAGCUGUUACACAGGUUACUGAAGUACUUAGAACCCAAACUCACUCAAGUUUACAAAAAUGUCAGGGAAAGAAUAGGGAGUGUACUCACUUAUAUAUUCAUGAUAGAUGUUUCUUUGCCAAAUACUGCGCCAACAAAGUCUCCUCGUGUUCCUGAAUUUACUGCCCGGAUUCUGGAGAAACUAAAACCCCUAAUGGAUGUAGAUGAAGAAAUUCAGAAUCAUGUUAUGGAAGAGAAUGGAGUUGGUGAAGAAGAUGAAAGAACUCAGGGCAUCAAACUAUUGAAAACUAUACUGAAGUGGCUGAUGGCAAGUGCAGGACGAUCCUUUUCUACAGCGGUCACAGAGCAACUCCAACUUUUGCCCUUGUUUUUUAAGAUUGCCCCAGUUGAAAAUGACAAUAGCUAUGAUGAAUUAAAAAGAGAUGCAAAGUUGUGUCUGUCAUUAAUGUCUCAGGGGUUGCUUUACCCUCAACAAGUGCCUUUGGUGCUUCAGGUGCUAAAACAGACAGCGAGAAGCAGUUCUUGGCAUGCUAGAUACACGGUACUGACCUACCUCCAAACCAUGGUAUUCUAUAAUCUCUUUACUUUCCUAAACAACGAAGAAGCAGUUAAAGACAUCAGAUGGCUUGUUAUAAGUUUGUUGGAAGAUGAACAGCUAGAGGUUCGAGAAAUGGCUGCUACAACCCUAAGUGGGCUACUGCAGUGUAGCUUCCUCACCAUGGAUAGCCCUAUGCAGAUUCACUUUGAGCAGCUUUGCAAGACAAAACUACCUAAGAAAAGAAAGCGAGAUCCUGGCACAGUGGGAGAUACCAUUCCAUCUGCAGAAUUGGUCAAUCGCCAUGCUGGAGUGCUAGGAAUUGGUGCAUGUAUUUUAUCUAGUCCUUAUGAUGUCCCUACCUGGAUGCCACAGCUCCUGAUGAAUCUCAGUGCACACUUGAAUGAUCCCCAACCUAUUGAGAUGACUGUAAAGAAGACCUUAUCUAAUUUCCGAAGAACACACCAUGACAACUGGCAGGAGCACAAACAGCAAUUCACUGAUGAUCAGCUGCUUGUGCUCACUGAUCUCCUGGUGUCACCAUGCUAUUAUGCAUAGAAAAGUUCUUCAUUAAUGAGGGAGGCCUCAGAAACCCUUUCGGCAGUGAUAGAGGAAACUCAAAGAAAUUUCAUGUAUAAAAACUUUUAGACUUGGAAAUCCUGAUGCCUAACUGAAACUCUCCCUCCUCCUUCCCCAGUACAGAUGAGUAGCCCUAACUUCAGGCUCUUUUCAUCAAAAAUUCCAGUUCCUCAGGUACCAGCUGUGGGAGUUCUUGGCAGGUUUCUGAAACUGCCUGUCAAGCCUAAUUGCUUUUGGUGGUUUUCAUGUUCAGUCUCAUUUGGUCUGUGUUCCAUAGGUUCCCAGCUUUCAUUUGAUAACUUCACUUGUCAGGAUGCAUUCCCUGAUUUAUCAGUAGAUAACUUUCUCUGUGCAACAUCUCAAAGAGCUGCAACCUUCAGCAAACAAAACAGUUGUCCAAUAUUAAUUAAGACCACGGCAUCCAGGACCAGAAUCUGGGAACCCUUUAAAAUACAAUUGCUCCUUGGGAUCAAAAACAUCCAUUUGCUGACAGGUCCUGUCAUUUCACUCAUCUCAACUUCUUUUGAACUUUUUCUAAAUCUUUGUUGAUUUUAAAGCUGUGGGCUAUGGAAAGCCUUGUAACCUCUUCAGCCUGGAUCAGGAUAGGCAUAGUUAGAAAAGAGGGAAAACAGAGGAAGUAUUUAUAACCUCAUCCAUGACCUGAUGGAGUGCUUGACCAAGAUACUGAAUUGAAGCCUAUGUCCACCUGCUUCCUAUAGGUUAGAGUUUUUGGUGCUGAAUAGAGCCAAUAGGUGAAGAAGGGGAGGGGUCAUGGGGUGGGGAGGACUGAUGAGCAACAUUUUAAUUGAUUGGAGUGUGUGUAUACAGUUGUGUGUAUUAAAAAAUAAACAAAAACAAAAAACCUGACUUUUUUACCCUGUAUUCUUUACAAAUAUGUUUGGCCCUCCCUGUUGUACUUUGCAUAAAUGGAAGACUGCUGAGUUUGUGGAAGUUCUGUAUAUUUUUUGCCUGCAACAUCGUUGAGAGGCUGAUAACUAUUGGCUAUUUAAUUGACCUAUUUAAUAUAUGUUGCAUAUAUGUAAAAGACUGUAUAAACUGUAGAGGUAUUGCAUUGGCAAGACAUUGUACAGAUUACAACCUUUUACACAACACCCUUGUGAAAUUAAUUUGUAAAAUUCACAUUUAGAUGUUUAUGCUAUAGUGAUUAUGGCUUUUGUAUCCAAUCAAAUGCCAUUAUUUGUGUGUUUAAAUUAUUCUCCUUAAUUAUCUUUUCAUGUUACAAAAGCUGAGGUGGGUUGAGGUGGGGAGCGAAAGGGAGGGGGUUGGUUUGAAUUUCAUUUCACUCAUUAGUAUGUCUCAUGUAACUUUUUGUGUGCAUUUCUAAAUUCCAACAUCUCAUGUUCUGUGGCAAGUUUAUAGAUGCAAGGUACCUCUUAAGUUGAAAUAAUUCACAAGUUGGUGUGUUUCAUCGUUCACACAACCUGUACAGUCUUCCUUACGGGAACACUAAAAAUAUGUUUUUGAAUACCUACCUACUGAGUUAGUGACUCAAUACAGACUUUAAGCACAGCGGUGUUCCUAGUGCAGUAUUUCUUAAGUGUCAGCACACAGACGUAAUCACUGUAUAGAGUAGUGCCAAAACUAUUAUUUCAAUUGUGUACCUAGUUCAAAACCCAAUAAAUGGAUUGUUUUUAACA